UGUGUUGAAUUUCUGAUUCAGUUUUGCUUACUUGCUUUGGUUUGGGUCUUUUGCUAGCUUUUUUGCUUGAUGGCCAGGUCUGGAAUGGAGUUUUCUUUCUGUGGGUGGAUGUUUCAGAAUGGCUGGUAUGUUUCCGUCGCUCUUUUUGCUAUCUAGCCAGUAUUUUGGUUUGUUUCUUGCAUUGGAAUGCCUUACUUGGGCGCCACUGCAAUGUCUGUGUCAAAGGGGAAAAAAAUUAUGACUUUCCUAGGGUUCUUGAUGUCGGUGCGGUUGUUGACCAUAGUCUAUAUAUAUAGCUUGAAGGUGUUCUUUUCUUUGGACAUGGCAAGCGAUCCAUGCGCAGUAACAGUUUCUUUUUGGCGGUGGGUGAUCUGAUUUCCCUGUGCGGAAUUGUUUGUGUGAAAGGUGGUGCUUUGUUAUGGAUGAUAUUACAUUACUUAUAGUACAGGCUUCAUUUGUCCAUAUGGUUUCUGUUUCGGAUUCUCUAGCAAAUUGAGCCUUAAUUUACUAACAGAUUAUUAUGUGUAUUGUGAUACAAUGACUAAUAUUGAAUAUACAAUUCUACAAUGUGUUGGAAGCCUGUUAUAAUUCCCUAUACAGAUGUGUCUAUGCUCAUUGAAUGUUCAUGAUAGUGGUCUCGGGUUUGUUUUUGUACUGCAGCCUCUGAGAAAUGGUGAUAAAAUUGUCUUCAUAAAAUGGUUUAUAUAGUGUUAGUAUUGUGGAUAUGAAUGCACUAGGUAGAUGGGUUAAAUUGUUGUGGUAAUAGGAAUAUCGACAAAUAAAUUGAUUCAUUUCCAUGUUCUUAUUUCAUUUUUUUGGGGGGGUUACAGGUUUGCUGAUAUCAUUGUUUGUGGUGGUGUUGUUGGACAUUUGUUAAGGUUAUGGCUAGACGGUCAAACAGAGUUUUUGUCCCUUUUCAGCCUCUUUUGGAAAAGGUUGUUGCUUGGCUGCAGUUCCCAUCGCCGGUUUAUGGAUUUAUAGAUGCUGCUAAGAAUAAUGUCUUUGUGCGAGUUAGUAAGCCAAACUCUCGUGCAAGGUUCAUUUCCUAUGGUGGAGAUGCUAGUUCAGUUGAAGAGUCUCGUGAAAGAGCGGCCCACAAAGCUGUGAAGAGAUUGAUGUGUCGGUUUAGUGUGCGCGUGUCUGAUUUCACUUAUGAGCGCAUUAAGAUGUAUCGAUUGUGUGUGAAGUUGUAUAAGAAUAGAUGUGCUGAGUUAGUGCAGGACAGAGAAGAUUUAAGUCGUAUACGUGCAGAAUGCAGUACAAGGGAGGAUGCAUCGUUUCAUGAUGUUCAUGUGUCAUUGGAUUUUGCACAGUUUUUGGGAGUUUUAGUUAGGAAGUCUGGUGUUUCUGUGACUGGCAUUGAAACCACUAGAUUAGAAGGCCAUGGCUAUAUGUCUUGAUUAACGGUGACCUGCCUUCGUAAUAGUAUUUCCAUGGAGUGCAUUUUCAAUGACCCCUGUCCUGAAGUGUACAUUGCUGAGCAGCGAGUUGCAAAGAAAGCAUGUUUCUUUGUAGCUUCUGUUUGCAAUCUAGAAAUAAUUGAUGCUAACUAUGGUGUUGCAGCAAAGAUUAGUGGAGAAUGUUCUUUGAUACGGGAGAAUUAUUUGGUUUUGAAGGACCAUCUUGAAUGCUUGGAGAGCAGUUCAAAGCAAACUGAUUCUGUUAAUGGAUUAGGUACUGAUGUAUGUGUGACGUCGACUGAUGAAGCAAAUCAAAUUCCAGUUUUAGCCCUCCCACCAAGUCUAAUUAUUAUUAGAGUCUAGAUUAUUUUUAAUUUUUUUUUAAUUUUUAAUUUUAUUUAUUUAUUUUUUUAUGAGUUGAAAAUAUCCAUGCUUACGCCACUACAAGAAUUAUAUAAAUUUUAUGCAGCGCCUAACUACUGUAGUUGUCAAUGUCUUUGUCAUGAAAAUCAUGAAUGCCCUUAUAGUGAGUUUUUUGUGCGUGCUCCGGAUGAUUUUAGAGUCUUUCCAUA